AAACUGUUGACGCACGUUGUUUUAAGUAGACCGCUCAACAAAGUACAGACAAUAAUUUCUACUUGUGCUAGCUUCUUGCGUUUACGAUAUGGCGAAAAACGUGCCUCUUUAUGGAGAAAUGCUCCAGUGUCCCUACGAACUAUCCCAUUUAAUACGCCCAGAGCGUAUGCAGCUACACUUGAUCAAGUGCGAAAAGCAGCACAAGAAUAUAAAACUGCUCAAGUGUAUGUUUAACUUCUCGCACCACAUUAAACCGGAAGAUUAUGCGGAACACUUGCGGAUUUGCGACGAUCGUCGGCUGGUCGAAACCACCCGGUAUGUUCAGGAGGGAGAGGUUGCCCGCGGUAUCGGAAAGACGUCGUCAACCAUCGGAGCUGCGACGAACGAGAUGGAUCCACAAACAAAGCAGGCGUUCUGGGGUGAAGAAAAUUGGGACGACAUGAACGAAGCACCAUAUAAUCCAGAGAAACACUGCCUAGAGAACAAGAUCAUCCGGAAGGCCAGACUGUUGACAAAGGCUGAGAAACGAGAAUUUUACAAAACGGAGGCACUGCGCCACGAUGAGCUAGCUAAGCGCACUGCAUGAUAAAGCUGCAUUCUUAUCCAAACUGAUAAAAUAUAUUAGAAAAACGUUCUUAGUAAACGGUAAUAUAAGCA